AUGUUCUCACAGAUAAAAGAGAUACGUUUUGGCAAUUCAAUUGAUGAAUUAGGAGUUGUAGGUCACCUCUCUUGCACCUCAUAACAGCUCUAAAUCAACACACACAAAUAUUAGUCAAAACCGUAAAUUAAAUAACACACUACUCCUACAAUCCAUAAUAUAUAUACACACACAAUACAAAAAAUAUCAACAGAGUCCCCAACCUCAAUCAAUCCACAUUUAAAUUAUAAGAAACGCCCUUCAAGAUAGAAACAAUGUCAUCUCGCAUUGUUGCGGAGAAUGCUCUAUCGCUCACCAAUAUUGUCACGCCUCCAUAUUUCGACCUAAUGGAACUGGACGAUCUCACGCGCCGCCCCUCCGCCGGAGACAUGCCCACGCUCGGACAGCUCCUCAAGCACGUCGGAGACGUGCGGAAGGAAGCCUCCGGCGACGGAAGCGAGACGCCCGUGCACCACGCUCUCGACAUCCCCGGGAUCGAGCCUCGCUCGCUGCCCUUCGUCCUCUCCUUCAGCAACCUCACCUACAGCAUCAAGAGUCGCCGCAAGAUGAGCCUCUCAUCAAUCUUUCCCCGUCGUAGCAACCGCCUCGGCGCGGUGGCGGAGGCGCCAACGGUCGGCGAGAGCAUGUUCACUCGGACGAAGACGCUGCUGAACGAUAUCUCCGGGGAGGCGCGGGACGGCGAGAUCAUGGCGGUCCUCGGCGCCAGUGGUUCAGGAAAGUCAACCCUAAUCGACGCGCUGGCGAACAGAAUCGCCAAAGGAAGUCUAAAAGGCACGGUAGCGCUGAACGGCGAAGCUUUGGAGUCGCGUCUUCUGAAGGUGAUUUCCGCGUACGUGAUGCAAGACGACCUUCUCUUCCCUAUGCUCACCGUGGAAGAGACUCUGAUGUUCGCUGCGGAGUUCCGACUUCCUCGCACGCUAUCCAAGUCGAAAAAAAGCGCACGCGUGCAGGCGCUCAUAGAUCAGCUAGGUCUCCGAAACGCGGCGAAAACAGUCAUCGGAGACGAAGGCCACCGUGGAGUCUCCGGCGGAGAGCGGCGGAGAGUGUCGAUCGGAACCGACAUAAUCCACGACCCGAUCCUUCUAUUCCUGGACGAGCCAACCUCGGGACUUGAUUCAACGAGCGCGUACAUGGUGGUGAAGGUGCUGCAGAGAAUCGCACAGAGCGGAAGCAUCGUGAUCAUGUCGAUUCACCAACCGAGUUACAGAAUCCUAGGGCUACUCGACCGCAUGAUCUUCUUAUCACGCGGCCAAACAGUGUACAGCGGUUCACCCUCGCAGCUACCGCUAUACUUCUCGGAGUUCGGUCAUCCGAUUCCAGAAACCGAUAACAGAACCGAGUUCGCGUUGGACCUGAUUCGCGAACUGGAAGGCUCACCAGGGGGAACAAAGAGCUUGGUGGAGUUCAACAAGUCGUGGCAGAGCAUGACGAAGCACCACCAGGAAAAGGAAGAGGAAAGAAACGGCUUGUCGUUGAAGGAAGCAAUAAGCGCGAGCAUCUCGCGAGGGAAACUGGUAUCAGGGGCUAGCAACACGAACCCUAACCCGUCGUCGAUGGUGCCAACUUUUGCGAACCAGUUUUGGGUGGAGAUGGCGACGCUGUCGAAACGGUCGUUUUUGAAUUCUCGAAGAAUGCCGGAGUUGAUUGGGAUUAGAUUGGGAACGGUGAUGGUGACGGGGUUUAUACUGGCCACGAUGUUUUGGCAACUGGAUAACUCACCAAAAGGAGUGCAAGAGAGGCUAGGAUUCUUCGCGUUUGCCAUGUCAACUACUUUUUACACCACCGCAGACGCGCUUCCAGUGUUUCUCCAAGAACGCUACAUCUUCAUGAGGGAAACUGCUUACAACGCCUACCGCAGAUUGUCGUAUUUGGUUUCCCAUGCGCUGGUUGCGUUGCCCGCAUUAGCAUUUCUCUCGCUGGCUUUCGCGGCAGCCACGUUUUGGGCCGUGGGCCUGGACGGUGGAAUAUCGGGCUUUUUGUUUUAUUUUCUGAUAAUAUUCGCUUCGUUUUGGGCCGGGAACUCGUUCGUGACGUUUCUUUCGGGGGUGGUGCCUCACGUGAUGCUGGGUUACACUAUCGUGGUUGCGAUUCUGGCAUACUUCUUGCUCUUCAGUGGCUUCUUCAUUAACAGGGAUAGGAUUCCCAGUUACUGGAUAUGGUUCCACUACUUGUCGUUGGUGAAGUACCCAUACGAAGCGGUUCUGCAGAACGAGUUCGAUGACCCCGUCAAGUGCUUCGUGAGGGGUGUCCAGAUAUUCGAUAACACUCCGCUUGGCUCGGUGCCGGAGCCUCUGAAGGUGAAGCUUUUGGAGACCAUGAGCAGCACGCUGGGAACGAAGAUCACCACCUCCACUUGUUUGACCACAGGUGCCGAUAUAUUGCAGCAAAACGGGGUCACCGAUUUGACCAAGUGGAACUGCUUCUGGAUCACGGUGGCUUGGGGAUUCUUCUUUAGGUUCCUCUUCUAUUUGUCAUUGUUACUGGGCAGCAAGAACAAGAGGAGGUGACCAUCAUCAUCAUCAUCAUCAUCAUCAUGUUGUUGUUAGAUUGCCUUGUUGCUAUAGCUACUGGGAUUGUAUUUGUGCUAUUUUUUUUUUUUUAAUCUAUUUGUUCUGUUCUUGCCAACUGCAUGCAUUGUUGGUAUUCUGCUAAAAAAACAUUGUAAUCUUUUUUACUACUUCCUUAAAUAUUUGCUUGCUACAAACAUUCAAACACUCGUCAA